UUGUGUUUAAAUCGUAAACUCACCUGUGUUUAAUUAAUUUGUUUAUUUACUUUAAAAAAAAUCGAUAUUGUGCUCAAAUGAAACAAAAAAUCUAAAUGUAACGUUAUAUUUUCGAGAAAGUAUUUCAUAAUUAUUAUUUUACAAUGAUUGUGAUAGUUUUUAGUAGUUGAGAAGUUUAUUUGUUAACCCGUUGAUUCUAUUUUUGGAUUCUCCUUAUUCCAGCUGAGCUGUUAUCACUUUUAUAGGAAAAUAUUUGUUGUUAUUGUUAAGUACGACGGACAUUUCAGCGUUGAGAUGGAGAAGAUGGAGGAUAUAGAAAUGGAACCAGCUGGUCCAGCAGGCGCGACCAUCAGGCGUACUAUGACCCAGCGGAGCAACACGGCGCGCCAACUGGCCGUCAACUUUAUGCCGUCACGUCAACUACCUCAUGGCACAGUGCGGCAAAGAAGAUCAAAUUCCGAACGCAAUGCUCUUCUCGAAGAUGUCAGUGUCACGGCUGACCCAGCUGACCAGCAGGUCGACAUCAUCGUCCAUGAGAUGGAACAGCAUCACCGUCUUAUGCAAAACAAUCCUUUCUCCGAGGAGUUGCGUAGGGAGGCACUGCGUGAUCUGCCCCAAGGUCUGACAAUGAAGCGACAUGUCCGAGCCAAACUGUCCGCUUCAGUCAGCAUGCGUUCUCAAACUCGGCCCAUUUCGUUUUUUAAGCGGCUCAAGUAUAGAACAAGUUUUGCUUUCAAGAAGCUCCGCGAACGUCUGCGAAACCUGGUGUUCUACAUCGGGCUGUGGUACAAAGCCAUCAGGAACAUCGAGGGUCACUUCGGGUCCGCAGUCGGCACAUAUUUCUAUUUCCUCCGCGCCCUGUUUGUCUUGAACGUGCUCAUGAUGCUGCUGGUGCUCGCGUUUGUGGUGAUCCCUCAAUCUCUUCACGAUCGACACGCUAAUACUACUAUAGUAAAGGAUAGCUUGGACUUUAUCAGUGGAAAGGGCAUGUUGGAACAUACGCUGCUGUUUUACGGCCACUACCACACGGGCGUGCUGGCUGCCGGCGGCCCGCUGCCUUACGACAUGUCGUUCGCUUACUUCUUCACAAUGCUGGCCGUGUAUCUGCUGAUAUUCACCAUACUCUGUUACAGGACAGCGGAGUCGUACCGACGCAACUUCAUCUGGGCGGGCGGCGCGCAGCGGCUGGUGUUCUCCAGCAAGGUGUUCUGCGGGUGGGACUGCGGCGUCGUCUCCGCGCGAGCAGCCGCCCUGCACGCAGCCAGCCUCUGCCUCGAGUUCAAGGAACUCCUGAACGAGCGGAACAAGAAACAAGUUCAAAUGUCGCGUUGUGUGAUACUGUGGCGAUAUCUAGUCAACACGCUAGUCACUAGUGUAGUAUUAACCGUGAUAGGGGGCCUCCAAUACGGCUUCUGGAAACUUCUGGAGCACCAGACUCAUGUGGCGCACUGGGAGAUCCUGGUCUCCCUGAUUGUGACCCUCAUGGUCAGUUUGUGUCCGGUGGUCUUCACUUUUGUUGCCAGAUUGGAAUAUUAUAAUCCGCGUACUGCGUUAUAUGUAACUCUCGCAAGAACCUGGUUCCUGGAUAUGAUCACACUAGUAUUGUUGUUUUGGUUUUGGGCGAACCCUGAAAAACAUUGCUGGGAGACGAGUUUCGGUCAGGAGAUGUACCGGCUGGUGUUGCUCGACGCUUUCAUUUCUUUGUUUGUGUUGCCAGCUAUUGAGUUUAUUAGAGCCCUCUUUUAUAAUUUGAGUGUCAACGCGAGUCCGCCAGAAUUCAACAUAGCAUAUAACUCCCUGACCCUGAUUUACAACCAAGCGGUGAUGUGGUUCGGAGUGGCUUUCUCCCCCCUUUUGGUGGUUGCUGUUGCUGUUAAACUCCUGGUCCUGUUCUAUGUGAAGCGGGAGUGCAUCAUGAGGGCCUGCCAGCCAGCCAGGAAGGUAUGGCGCGCAGCUCAGACGCAAACUGUACUAUACAUUCUUGUGACGCUCUCACUAUUCGUCACGUUGUUUGCCAUUGGAUCAUUGUUUAUGAGUAUGCCGUCGCAAAAGUGCGGUCCGCUGCAGCAGUACACGCGCGUGGUGGAGCUGGUAACCGAGGGUCUACUUCAUCUGAAACACCGGCCGACAGCCUCCGCGGUGCUGGGCUUCAUCACGCGUCCCGGAGUCAUUGGGUUCCUUCUUCUCUUCCUAUGCGUGUACGUUUACUACAAGCGCGCCGAAGCUAAUGCGCAGGCGUCGAUGGUGGGCAUACUGCGGCAGAUGCUUCUGCUGCAGGCCAAGGAUAAGGACUUCCUGCUGAACGCCAUCAGCAAAGUGUCCAAUGGAGAGUGGUACUACAGUCCUAGGGUGGACGGCGAGGGUCCCGACAGCCACACCUGGAAAUACCUCCGCGAGGUGCGCAAACCCUCAAACUCUGACUUCCACUUUGACGUCUCCCGGCUGAACCACUCCUUAGCUGACUCCAGACCUCGUUCGUACGUAAAGGAAAACCGACCUAAUUCACACUACUUCGAGAGGUCAAAAUCUCAAGAUGACGGCGAUACUGAUAGCUCCUUCAGUUGGAAAGGUUCUACUAACUGUUUGAAUAAAAAAAACGAUUUUGAGAGAGCUGAAACAAAGUGGCUUUAAGUAGAGAAUUUUUAUGUAAUCACGAAGAUGCUCCAACUGAUGAUAAGUGAGAUCCAUCACCUGUAUACAACGGUCCUGGUGGUCUAACGGUUUAGCACACAGCUUUACUACCGAUGGUCGCUGAUUCAAUUCCUCGCACGGUACAAAUAUUUGUAUUCAUAUGUAUGA